AUGGAAAUGGAGGGAGAGAGCUCGAUGUCGAGCAAACUCGCAGAGGACGUCAUACAAACCCUAACCACCAGAGGCUGGUCCAUCGGCGACCUCGAUCAAGUAAACGCCAUUGUAUUGAUCCAAUCAGCCUUGUCCGACGAUGGGAAAACUUCGACAGUGGCCGAUUCCGUCGAGUCCCAGCUCCUCGAUAUGGACCUUAGGUCCAUCGGCGGCAAGUCAUUGCCGGACGCCAAUUCGUUGCGCAAAGCUUCUCAUCUCCAAGGCCGGAAAACCCUUCAGAUAUCUUCCGUGAGAGACAUAGCCGUCAGUACCGUAGAGGCCUUUUCAAGCUCCGGUCACCGGCGUCUACUCAAGCUCGUCCUCACCGACGGUCACACCGAGAUACCUGCGAUUGAGUACUCCCACUUGCCUUCCAUUGGAAGCGAUAUCGCCCCCGGUGCCAAGGUUCGUGUUGAGAACAAGGCUCCGAUCCAUUGUGGCAUAUUGUGCUUGAACUCUAAAGUGAUGACUGUGGUUGGAGGCAUUGUUCAAUCGCUUUAUGAUGAAUGGCAUAUGAACCAGAAGUACUCCAUGUUCUCGCGUUCUUCGGUGAGGCCGACGGAGGAAGGCGGUGUCGCUGGACCUCCUGCUUUUGCAAAGUUGCAAGCUGGAGCUUCCUCCGUGCGUCCUUCUACUCAAAGAAACAGAGUUUCUGAUUACUUUCAGGCUAUUUCAAGAAGCAGCAUGCCUGUAGCUGAAGCAACUGCGAUGAAACCUGAAAUUGGGCUAUAUGAUGUUCAAAAGAAAGCGGAAAAUGUAGUUGACAAACUGAAAACAGUGUCGGCGAAGGAAAAUGCACAGAGGAGGCCUAUUCCCUACGCAAUGAGACCAAGGGAAGGUUACUCUGCUUGUACCUCCACAUCCACCUUCCCUUCUGCUGUUGAGGAAGUUCAAAAUGCUUCAGAUAGUCCCAGCACCAGCAAUCUGAAACCAGCUCCACUUGCAGCAAAUAAUGAACCAAAGGCAACCACCUCAUACAUUAGGCCGAAAGAAGUGGCUGAAUCGGUACCUCUGCAAAACCAAGCUGCUGCUCAGAAACUCCUCCAGAAGAUGGCACCUCCUAGCCAAUUCGAUCGGCGUUCCAGAGGCCGCAGACAGUACAGGGGAGGGGGGAGAGAUGACGCGGAAGAACCUCAGACUUGGACGCUAGAGGAAUGGCAAAAUAGAAACAGUGGACCUAAGCCACAUACCAGAAACGCGUUCCCAGACACCAGUAACGACGAGGAUCUCGCAUGGCAGCUGCAAAACCAACUCGAUAUGGAAGAUUCCCAUGUUCAAAGAGGACCACCAGACACAGUAGCAACCGACAUCAGGAUGUCAAUGUUUAACUUUGAGAGAGACAGCGAUGGGAGUCAUGGCAUGGACCGUGGCGGUAGAGGAAGAGGAAGGAGAGGCAGGGGAAGGGGACGUGGUAGAGGUAGAGGAAGACAUGGUUGA